CUGGCCAUUUGUACCGAUUGUUGUAUUGACAACACAAACACAAAUGACACAUUUCGCCACAGGAACAACAACAUCGAACAUAACCAGAAACCAAGUGGCACACACACACGCGGAGAGAGAGGUGCUGGUCUUUGCGUGAUUUUGCUGACGCUAGAGAAACCGCAUGAAACCCAUUACUUCUUCGAUUCUCUUCAAUCUAAAUUCGUAAGCUUUUCUUCUUCUUCUUCUUCUAUCUCCUUGUUUUGUCUCCUCCUUCUUUGGAACCGGUGCUUCAAUUCAUGGAUUGAUUCUUUCCAUUGACAUGUUGGAGGGUCCAUCGUUUCUCGUUUCAAGGGACUUACCAAGCUCAUGUGAGCAAGAGACAGAGUGGAUUUACAAUACUUGCCGUGUGAUGGAGCUCACGAACAAUAAGCGUCGACUGGAACUAGAGGAAGAAGCUGUGUUGAGAAAGUCAUGCAAGCUUUCAGAUGCUGCUGAGGAACAAGAAACAAGGAAGAAUUUCCUUGAGCUUUCCCUUUCCCUCAACCAAUCGAAUGACCAAAACCGUGCAGGUGAUCAAUCAGACUCAAGUUCUCUUAUCCACCAAUUAGGCCGGGACAUAACAAUUAACUGUCUCCUACGAUGCUCGAGAUCUGAUUACGGUUCGAUUGCCUCGUUGAACCAGAGUUUUCGUUCUCUCAUCCGGAGUGGAGAGCUUUAUCGGCUGAGGCGGCAAAUGGGUAUCAUAGAACACUGGGUUUACUUCUCUUGCAAUCUUCCUGAAUGGGAGGCAUUUGAUCCGAACAGCGGCAGGUGGAUGCGCUUGCCGAGAAUGCCUUCUAAUGAAUGUUUUAUCUGUUCUGAUAAGGAGUCACUGGCUGUUGGGACAGAGCUUCUUGUUUUUGGAAAGGAAAUUAUGUCUCCUGUCAUUUACAGAUAUAGCAUUCUGAUGAACUCAUGGUCAUCUGGUAUGGAAAUGAACAUCCCUAGAUGCUUGUUCGGUUCCGCCAGCCUUGGAGAAGUCGCCAUAUUAGCCGGCGGUUGUGACCCACACGGCAACAUCUUGAGCUCUGCUGAGCUUUAUAACUCAGAAACUGGAACCUGGGAGAUUCUUCCAAACAUGAAUAAAGCAAGAAAGAUGUGUUCUGGUGUGUUUUUAGAUGGGAAAUUUUAUGUCAUAGGUGGGAUUGGGAUAGGUUGCUCAAAGCAGUUAACAUCCGGUGAGGAGUUUGAUCUGCAGACGAGAAAAUGGCGUGAAAUUCCCAACAUGUUCCCGAGGAGAAAUGGAGGAUCUGGGGUGACUGAGUUACCACCUGCCGCAGAGGCACCUCCUUUGGUUGCAGUUGUAAAUAAUGUACUUUAUGCUGCAGAUUAUGCACUGCAAGAGGUGAGGAGAUACUAUAUAGAAAAUAACUCAUGGGUUACUAUUGGAAGAUUACCGGAGCGGAUAGUCUCGAUGAAUGGCUGGGGAUUAGCCUUUCGAGCUUGUGGGAAUCGCCUAAUUGUUAUUGGCGGUCCAAGAGCCUUGGAUGGAAGGGUGAUCGAAGUUAAUGCUUGUGUCCCCGGCGAAGGUGAACCAGAGUGGAACCUGCUAGCCAGCCGGCAAUCCGGGAGCUUCGUGUAUAAUUGUGCGGUGAUGGGAUGCUGAGGCAUUUCCAUUUGGUGAAUAAUGCUUUGUGAAUUUCCCGAGUCAAACUAACGGUCUUCGGUUCUUCACUUGGAUUCUGGCUCAUGGGUGAUUUCAGCUUACUUCCUGGGGUAAAUUUUUACUCCUAUUUAAAGUAAAAGAUACAGUUUUAGUGCAUGUUGGGUUGCAAUGACCAAUUUCAUAAGUUCAGUUGAAGCAUUGCAGAAUUGUAAUUUGUCUCAGUUUUCGUCGUCUUUACCUUUUAUUUCACCUUAAAACAUAGGUUUCACAAACCCUGUUUGCAUUGGUCAUUAUCUCACUUCGCAAAAAAAUCAGCAGAGACAGACAGAAAUUAGAAUAACCUAUUUCUCCUUGUCUUUGUACUUUAUUUUAUUAUGUCUUCAUUGUUUCAGAUAACUGUUUUUAAGUGCAUCA